UUCGUUAUACUGCAGAACUGACAUGAGCUUGAACCAACGAUUGCAAUUAAUACGGAAGAACAGAUCGCACUAUUUAACAAUAAUAAAACAUAGAAAAUUGACUUGUUGUAGUAAAAUAUUAUGGGUUUUGGUCAUCUACUCCGAGUUGAAUUCCUGCUCGGUCUCCGCUUGACACUACGCGGUCUUCUUGCAUCACACCCACCAUUCCCUCCCACCGAAGAAGAAUAUUUUUCUCCUCUCCGUUAGCCAAUCUACGAGCGAGCUUGAUCAAGAGAAACAAAAAAGAGAGGGGAGAGAUGGGUUUCUUCUUGUUUCUUGGAAGAGUUUUCUUCGCUUCUCUCAUCAUUGUCUCUGCUUGGCAAAUGUUCAAUGGCUUUGGAGUUGAUGGUGGUCCUGCAGCUAAAGAGUGGUCUCUGAAGCUUAAUCUGGCUAAGGCAAACCUAUCUUAUAGAUUAUGGGUAAAUUUACCUAAUAUAGAGGUGAGACAAGGCAGUGUUACCGUUGUUUCCCUGAUAGCAAUCGGAGGCGUAAUCUUUGUUAUCAGAAAAAUCUUUGGUGCUUAUCUGGUUAGGCUUCCUUCUUGUUCAUCCCAUGUUUAUAAAAAAACAGAUUCAAAGCUUGACACAUGUUUAAAUUUUGAACUUUUUUUAGGCUGUUUCAGUGCCGGUUCUGAAAUUUUCGUGGUCCAAUACGAAAUUAAAAAAUGA